UUCGUAAACAACAGGAAAAAUGAAACGUGGAAAAUGAAGUGGAUACCGGCUAAUUAUUCCAUUGUUUUUGUUCAUUUGUUGUGUUUCUUUGGUUGCGUUGAUUGUAAAGUGAAAGCAGAAGGUCUGUAUAAACCGUCAGGUUCGGUUUUUAUAUUGGAUCAACAAAAUUUUCGACAGAAUGUCAUAAAAUCUGAAAGUGCUUGGAUUGUCGAGUUUUACAACAGCUGGUGUGGGCAUUGCAUCAAAUUUGCUCCUGCUUGGAAGGAAUUUGGAUUGAAACAUGAAGACUGGUGGCCAGUCUUUAGAGUAGGAGCUGUAGACUGUGCAAAUGACAAUAAUACCGAGUUAUGUAGGAGCUAUGACAUUACGGGAUUCCCAGCUUUCAAGUUGUUUCCACCAGGCUACAAGGGGAUUGAUACCGGGGGAACCUUUCAUGACCAAGAUACAGCAUCCAUAGAAAACAGAUGUCUUGACUAUGUCUCAAACACUUCGUUAUUUAAACCACCAAAGUCCUGGCCACGUCUGUCUCCGAUACAGUCUAUGCAGGAUAUCUGGAAUGAAACGAAGGAUGAGCACCACCAUGUAGCAUUUGUGUUUGAGGAACCCACCUCGUAUGUCGGUAGACAGGUGAUACUUGAUACGUACCGCUAUAAACCUCUGUUGGUGCGGAGAAUGUUGAAAGAAUCUGUACUCAAAUUUGGCAUCUCAGAAUUCCCUUCACUGUUCCUCAUCAACCGGGAUGGUACUUUUACCAAAAUUGCCAAGGAUGAUAACAGCAGAGAUGGUAUGGUUUCUGGUUUGAAAAACUUACUGACGUCUGCUCAACUAAAGGCUGGGGACCAGUUCUUGAAUAAGAGGCCAAGGAACCAGCCUAUUGAGGAGAGAAUGGAAGGGAUACCAGUUGCUGAUAAUCAACAGAUAAGGCCAGCAGUAUAUAUGAAGGAUUUAGAAUCAACUUUACAUUACUCCCUAAGACAGGAGAUUGCAAUUUGCCGAGAUAUUGGUGGUGAGAAAUUGAAAGCAUUGAAACAGUUCAUGAGCGUGCUCGCUAAGUACUUCCCUGGUAGAGAAGAAGUGUCAGACUAUCUGUUUAAGGUAUCAGCAUGGUUACGAAGUGCUGGCUCAGAUAUUACAGGGGAUCAGUGGAUCACUGCGCUAGAUGAUAAACAGUCGAUGGAAGAAUUUCUCCCAGAGCGUAUAGAGUGGGUUGGUUGCGCAGGAAGUGAGGCGCGGUUUAGAGGCUACCCAUGUGGAAUGUGGACACUGUUCCACACUCUUACAGUAGCAGCAUACCAGAAAGGAAGAGCAAAUCCUAAAGAUGUACCACUGGACGUCCUUAGUGCUAUACAGGGCUACAUGAAAUAUUUCUUCGGCUGUCAGAUUUGUGUGGAACAUUUCCUCAAAAUGGUAGACUUCAUUACUCCAGAUGACAGAACACCAGAGGGCGCUGUAAUGUGGUUGUGGCGAGCACACAACAUGGCGAACAAGAGACUCCAUGGCGACCAAUCUGAGGAUCCGAAACAUCCAAAGAUCCAGUUUCCUUCUAAAAAGCUGUGCCCAGAAUGUCGUAAUGGUGAUAAUUGGAGUAACGACAAAGUUUUAGAGUUUUUGCUUUCAUUUUAUGCGAGACUAAAUAUUGUGCCUGUAGCAGACGACAGUAAUGAGGAGGAAGUAGGAAGAACCAGUAAGUCCGCAGAUAAUGACAGUAACAAGCUUGAUUGGUGGGAAUUGCAACAGAGAAAGAAUGAUCUGGAAAAAAUCAGAUCUUUAAGACAGCAGAAAUCAGAAAAGCGGCAAAACAAGAAGGUAGAAAAGUUAGCAAAACUAUCUGUGAUAGAUAAAAAUAUAGAUCUGCAUUACGGACAUUUCAAAAAUGAUCGUAACAGAGGUUAUAAUGAGAAUAAAUCAAUUAUAUUUGGAUGGGGGUUUAGUAAUUUAGAUAUGAGCAUGUGCGUUACGUUUUACGUGUUAUGUACACUUAUGAUAAUGGUUUUAUAUUACCAUUUCAUUGUCAGGAGAAAAUACAGACCAUGUUCAGUUUUUUGCUAAAAUUUUUAUUCAUUUUACAGUGACAGAGAUAUAUACAUUCUUAAAUGACAAGAUCAGCUUUUACUCAGAAUUUUCUAUUUUUGUGAUAGGUGGCAUUAUUACUCAAAAUGAAUUUGAUAAACUUGAAGAAAGUAGUGCUGGUAUGUACUGAAAGCUGCCAAUGUUUGUGUAUAUUUCAGAUAUAAAUGUCCGAGCUUUACUUACGUGUAAUUAUGCUUUAAUACAUUUUGCUUGUUUGGUAAAUGGUUGUAUUUUUCAUUACUGGAAUGUUCAAUGUAAUCUAUACUCAUUCUGUCUCAUUUUAUCUCACAUAUCUUUCAUGACCAUAUCAUUUAUUUUUACCUUAUUCUCUACAAGGAAUGACGUCUCUCGUAUCAAAUGUUAAGUGGACCAUGAUCGUAUAAAGCAUUUUGAAUCACUGUUAGUCAUAUCAACUACAUUUGUGUGUUCGGAUAUGUAAAAACAGUUGUCCCACUGUUAGAGGGGCAACAUUAAGAACUGGUGCCCUUGACUUAUCAGCCUCGUCUACAGUUCUGAAGUUGUCCCUGUUACCUUGGUGGAAAUAGUUUAGACUGUUCUCCGAAUACACAUGAAAUGAAUGAAUAUUAUUGAUAGUGUAUAAUGAAGUGUCGUAUUUAGCAAGCUUUUAUCAAAGUUAUUUGUAAACAACGUAUUUAACUGUUAAUAAUAGUUUCUGUUUGUUGUUAACAGAUUAAUUGAUUAAAUGUAAAUAAAUACAUGAUAACUUGCUGAGCUUAAUACCCAAAAUUUUAGAAUUCUUUUUGUGUUCUAUUUUAUGUUUUAAACUGUCGAAAGUGAAAAUUCAGAAAUAUGUUUUAUACAAAUACCAUUUAAGGUCGAGAUGAUUUUGUUUCUAUAGUAACAAACAGCUGAACACUUUAGGCGGCCUACUGUUUACAUGUGUAUUUCAUUUCCAUUUUACUUACAUUCAGAUUAUAAUCUAGAAUUAGUUAUUUAUUCUUUCUCUGCAUUUUGUAAUGUUUAAAUGUAUAACUUAAUUUGCAUGUUUUUAAAAGUUUUAGCAUGAAAUUUAGUAUUCUUGAUAUUGCUAAUCAUGUUUGAUUUCUCAUGUUAUUAUAUUCACAUUGCUUGAACAGAGUCAUAACUUCCCAACUGUCUGUUGAAAUAUAUGACAAACAUAAGAAUGAAAACUUGAAGAUAAUUUUGUAGGCUACAAGAUUAAAUCCAUUAUAAGUUUGUUUGUUUACCGGUAUGUAACAUCAUGUGAUAGGUGUUAACAUUUAUUAUUUUGAAGAAAGAAAUCAAUACACUGAGAUAUGACUCAUAAUUGUUGGAAACACAUGUAGGUCUGUGUAAAAUAUUGUGUUUGUGAACAUGGCUGUAUGCUUGUUUAGUAAAAUCUGUGUGCACAUUCCUGGCUCUACACAAAUACUAAAUGUUUUGUAUGUGUAUGUGUGCUUUUUUUUGUUUUGUGUAAUUUCAGUGUCCAGAUCAAGGCCCAUAUUCAAAAAUGUUUAAAAGUCUGAAACUUUGACUUCAAAAUGCUAAAUGUACAUUGUGCUCUGGCAUUGUCAAACAUGCAUAGAUGAGAUGGAAAUUACGUUCUGUAGUUAAUGAUGACUUGUCAAAAUUUCAGCAGUAUGACUAUGCUAUAGAGAAAGUUAACACUUCAAACGUUAAUGAAUACGAGCCCAGAAGAUGAGCUUAAGCGUUUUUUUUUUAUCUGCAUAAAAUAUUUGUAGGAAUGAUAUGAUAGAAGUAGUUAGGUUGUAAGUUGUGAUGUGAACAUUUAAAUAUAGCAUGUGUAUAGAUAUGAUAAUUUCAUUUUGGAACAUUACAAAGCAUAAUUCCACUGUAUGUGUUUGUUUUACGCUUUUUAUGUAUGUUUUGUUACUAGUCAAAUGGUGCAAUUAUUUUAGAAUAUAUCAAAAUAUACAUAUAUGAUAUGUAUAAAUUUUAAUAUGACAAAAUCAUGUGAAUUUUAAAUGAUACAUGUUAAUGCUGAUGUCAUGUCGACUUACUAUUAAGGGUCCAAGAAAUAGUUCUACAAUAUAUGGACUACUGUAUUACAUAUUAGACAUAUUAGGAUGAAAUAGUAGAUAGCAAAAGCGUUAUUUAAUUGAUUACAUUGACUUGCGGAAUUAGUUACUUGUAUGGGAAGCAUGGAAUGAUUUAGAGGGACAUUAAACGUCUUCUUCAUGUUUAAAUCAAUUAAAACACGCUUCUGUUAUACUUUAUUUCUUAAAUAUAGAUUGUAGACAAAUUAGUUAGUGACUUAUUUUAAUUACGGGCUGUUGAAAGUGAAUACAUUUUUUCUCAGGUAGUUGUAACAGUUAAGCAAUAGGUACAAGAAUGUCAGAAAAUUCUAUAAAGACUUAUUGCAGAAUGAUGACUGGUUGUAACAGAGAACUUACACUAAACUUAAUUCAUCACCAGAUCUAGAAGUCAAUAUAAUCUAAUCUCUUUAAAAAAAAAAUGUCUACCCAUAAACGAAUAGUACUGAUGUUGAUAAUUUGUUAUAAGCAAAGAAUUACAGGGAAAAUCACUCUGUAUAAUGUUAUGAUUUUAUACUGUGCAUAAAGUGUAAAGAAUUUUACUACACAAUUUACAAACAAAGUUUUGUGUUAAAUACAACCCUUUAUUUUUAAUAACAAAUUCAUAAUUAUCAUGUAAAAGUUCUUGCUCAUAUUUCUUAAUUCUCCACUGAGUCAUGAUAUGAGCUGCUUUAAACAUUGAAUUUGACUGAUGAAUACAUUAUUAACUUUUAUGAGGUCGAAAUUGUUUUGUUAUUGUAAAUCAUGUUAAUUUUGCAUCUGGCGUGGUUAAAGGUUAUCUUGCAGUAUCAUGUUAGUUCUUGUGUAUUACUGACUUUGUAAUUUUUCAUUCUCAUUUCAUUGUUCUUAUAUGCUUUUGUGUUUUAUUUUAUAUGUUUAUAUGACAAGUGUAUUGUUUGUUGCGAUUAUAUACAGCAUGGAGUAUGCUUACAUAGCCAAUUUUGAUUGAUGAUUGUUACAUGAAUCAAUCAUGUUCAGCAUGGAGUAUGCUUACAUAGCCAAUCUUGAUUGAUGAUUGUUACAUGAAUCAAUCAUGUACAGCAUGGAGUAUGCUUACAUAGCCAAUUUUUAUUGAUGGUUGUUACAUGAAUCAAUCAUGUACAGCAUGGAGUAUGCUUACAUAGCCAAUUUUGAUUGAUGGUUGUUACAUGAAUCAAUCAUGUUCAGCAUGGAGUAUGCUUACAUAGCCAAUCUUGAUUGAUGAUUGUUACAUGAAUCAAUCAUGUACAGCAUGGAGUAUGCUUACUUAGCCAAUUUUGAUUGAUGAUUAUUACAUGAAUCAAUCAUGUACAGCAUGGAGUAUGCUUACGUAGCCAAUCUUGAUUGAUGAUUGUUACAUGAAUCAGUCAUAUACAGCAUGGAGUAUGCUUACAUAGCCAGUUUUGAUUGAUGGUUGUUACAUGAAUCAAUCAUGUACAGCAUGCUUACAAGGCCAAAAUUGUUUAGUGAUUGUGAUAUGAACCACCUGUGUAAAUCUUGUCAAAUGCUGAUCUUUAUUUAAGCAUGUUAUUGCAUAUACUUUGAAAUCAUUUAAUUGUGUUGACUUAAAAUUUCACGGUUUCAGUGAAAACCACUGCUGAUGUGCGCAUGAAUUUGUUAAUUCUAGAUUUGAUAAUUAAAAAAAAUUUGAAUUUUAUUUGUUCAUUAACUUUUAAGGAUUCAAUUUCAUCGAUUUAUGCAACCCUGAAAAUGAAUCAUCAGCAAAUCUAACCUUUAGCCUGUUGCCGGCAAGUGAUUUUUGCCUUUUCGACCAGUGCAGACCAAGAUCAGCCUGCAUCUGCAUGUCUGUGCUGGCUGAUCAUGGUCUGCAGUGUUCGUUGUUCAGUCAGUGAAUUUUCAGUGAACACCCCUUCGAAUAAUGGUACUGCCCAAAUUGAAUGAUAGAUGAGUCCAUUUUAGAAAUUUAAGCAGGGUAAAGGUUUUAAAUGAUUUCACAGCACAUGCAUUUUAAUUGACUGUAUUAUUUUUAGUUCAUACAGUACUUUUAUAAAGUACUUGAAAAUGUUCCUUUAAUAAAAUGUUUUCUGAACUGGUGCAAGUUUAAGCACACCACAUAUCAAACAAUCAGACAAAGUCUUACAUUAGUGUAAGACCUAUAGCUCAAAGUGCUGUCUGCUCACAUUUGAUGCGAAAUCCUUAACUUUUGUAGCUUUAACUAGAUUUUUUGAGAUUAUAAAUGUUCUGAAAUUUUUCUGGAGAGUCUUUUUCAGACAAAAUGAUUCAUUUGAUCUCCUCAAAAUAAGGACUUUAUAAUAAAAUGAUUUUUAAUCAAUGAAAGUACAGAUGAAGGUUCUAAAUGGACUAUCCUCCAAAAUAGUUUACAUUAUUUGUUAUCAAAUGUCAUGCCGCCGUUUGUGAAUGUUAAGGAGAGUUAUUGUCAUGUCAGCCCUUUGGCUCAGCUCAGUAGGAGAGCACAGAUCUGUGGAUCUCAGGGUCAUGAGUUCGAUCCCUGGGCAGAGUGCAUGUUCAGUGUGACGAUUUGAUAAAAGACAUUGUGUCUGAAAUCAUGCGUUUUCCACCUCUGAUUUAUGUGGGGUUGUUGGCAGUUACUUUUAGUUCUCUAACAGAGCAGGUAUUACUAUGCCAGACUCUUGGUAGUUGUAUAAUUUACAGGUUUAAUUUUAAACUGUGUUAUCAGAAAGAAAUAAACAUCUCUUCCUCCUACCUCAAGUCUUUACUGGUUGGCUAUGAUGCAAAACAGAUAUAUAAUGACCCAAGUAUUGAUACAUUUUCUGGAAAAAAUCACAUACCCUCGUGCUUCCAUACUAGAUUUAUUGCUUACAUUUACACAUGUGUACUCCUAUUAUACAUUAAUAUUAGCCUAAUUUAGUGACGAUUGUAAACACAUUGAGUAGACAUAAUUAAACAAGUUUGUGUAUAUGUAUCUUGACAAUGACAAGAAAUUUCGCAGUAAGGCUAAAGCCAUGUGGCAUGAGUUAGCCAGGAUGUGGAACUUUUGGCCUAGUAAGAAUAUUUAAUAUGAUUUAUUGUUUGUUAGUAUUGUUUAUAUCUUAAUUGGUUUAACUUAAUUUUUUCAACAGUACUUUAGUUAUUUAACUUAACAACUGUUAAUUAGUUUAACUAAUGUUCUGAGAUUCUUUACCUGUACAAAAAUGUACUCGCUUGUUCACCAUAACUAAUUGACAACUUCUUCACUUGUGUUCAAGGUGGAUGAUGAGUUACAAGCUAUCAUGGUAAAAUAGCCCUGGAGAAGAUAUGCUGUGUCAGGGGAUUAAACAUGCAACCUCCAGAUACAUAGUAUUGUGUACCUGUACCAAGUACAGCUGGCAGGAUAUUUGUAUGAUUUACCAUAUACCUCUCAAUUAACAUUCUACAAAAUUGUCCACUUUUUAUUUUAUUAUUUCAGCGUACUUCAUAGAUGUGAAUAGCAGAACUUACACAAAGUAUUUGGAAAGACAUGAGUCUGUUUAUGUAAAAUUUUUACAUUCCAAUACAAAUAUACUGCAAGACA